AUGGCGAGCAGUGGCGCUGCACAACCAUUAGAAGAGCAAACGCUUCCUUUUUUUCAUCAAAAGCAUUACUAUCCUGUCAGUAUCGGGGAGAUACUCAACAACCGCUAUCGAAUAAUUGCGAAGCUUGCCUACCCGAUUACAUCGAGCUCUAGCCCGACCCUGCUGACCUGGUUCAGACUCAAGCAAUACGCAUCAUUGAAGAUCUGUGUUGGGGAUAAUAACAAAGAGUCACCUGUUCUCAAUGAAGUUGCAAUGUUACAACGUCUGAGCAGAUUCGCGCAGGAAGGUGACCAUCCAGGGUUGGAGUUUACGCGCCUAGCUCAGGAUAUCUUUCAGCUCGAGUCUCCUACAGGGUCCCACUACUGCAUUGCCACCAAGCCCCAAGGAGCAAGUAUUCGCAUCCUGCAAGAAGUGUUCCCUAAUGCUGUGUUACCCAAGCUUCUCGUCAAGUCGCUGAUUCACCGGCUGUUUCUCUCUGUCAAUUGGUUGCAUGCGACGUGUGGUCUCAUCCACACCGACAUCUCUCCUCAGAAUGUAUUGAUGGAUCUCGAAGACGAUAGCAGCUUAAAAGAUACCGAAGACGAAGAAUCCCAAGACCCAAGUACUCCAAUCAUGAGCCAAGGAGCUCCCAUCUACCGAUCGCGAACCCCCAUGUUGGAACUAUCCGGGAUCCCCAUCCUCACAGACUUCGGGCAGGUGCGACCGGCAGAGCCCGGAAAUCACGACUGGUGGAUGUCCGAUCUGUAUCGUGCGCCCGAAGUGCUAUUGCAGCUUCCUUGGAGCUUUCCUGUCGAUAUUUGGUCGAUAGGUGUUAUGACACUCGAGCUUUUGGAGGGGAAGAACCUUUUUGAUCCUGUUGAUCGUACUAACGAUCAGUAUGUUCUUCCGCUGGCUUUGGCCCAAUACAUUGGUUAUCUGGGACCCCCGCCGCUAGAGAUCAUCCAGCAAAGCCCGCUGUUUUCGACGUAUUUUGAUGAGCGGGGUAACUGGAUAUCUGAUCCACCAAUCCCGCAGACCUCUUUGGAAGACUUUGUGACUACGAUUCCUCCGGGAACGGAAAAGGACGCGUUUCUGCGGCUUAUUCCAAGAAUCUUGACCUGGGAUCCAGAGGUUAGAGCAACCUCGGUAGAGAUUAUCCCCGACGAAUGGCUUAUGAAGCCUUGGGAAGAGGAGUUUUGA